AUGCAGAAUUUGAUUGUAUUUAUCAUUGUUGUCAUUUUGACUAUACAUGUACAAUUCUUAAUUGGUUUACCGUUGAUCAAUGAUGAUGAAACUUAUAGUGAUCAAAAAUCAAAACGUUCUGAUGAACCUUUACUUCCGAAUGGAAAUUUUUCUUUAGUUACAAACGAAAAACUACUUAAACUACAAGAACUUGCUGAUGCUGUACAUGAUCCAAAAUUACAUGAUUUAUAUCGUGCAGUAAAUCAUUAUGUACAGAUGGCUAAAAAGAAUAAUGAAUAUGUACUUUGGAAAUAUGAUGCUAAUCAAGAAGGUCUUGUUCUUGUACUUAAACAAAAUCUAAAUGGCAUUCUUUACUAUGGUUAA